AUGAAUGAGAUGGUUUCAACGGCACAGACCAUUUUACAAAAUGAGUCGAACGUUACAUUCGUAUCAGGUGGAAUCGCUGGGGCAGUAUCCAGGACAGUAGUUUCACCCUUUGAGAGAGUCAAAAUUCUAUUACAAGUUCAAAGUACAAGAGCUCCAUACAAUAAUGGUGUAUUUAAGGCCAUAUCUCAAGUUUAUAAAGAAGAGAAUGUCAAGGGUUUAUUCCGUGGAAACGGUCUCAACUGUAUAAGAGUAUUCCCAUAUAGUGCAGUUCAGUUCGUUGUUUAUGAUUAUUGUAAGAAAAACAUAUUUCACGUUGAUAAGAAUAGUGCAGUGGCGCAAUUAACCAAUGUCCAGCGUUUGAUCAGUGGUGCCUUAUGUGGCGGUUGCAGUAUUAUUGCUACAUAUCCAUUAGAUUUAUUGAAAACUAGGCUGUCAAUUCAAACGUCGAACCUAGAAAAUUUAAGAAAUAGUAAAGCUGCCAAUACUUUAAAGCCACCUGGAUUUUGGCAAUUAUUCAGCAAAGUUUAUAGAGAAGAAGGUAAAGUAUUUGGAUUAUUUAGAGGCAUUUGGCCCACCUCUCUGGGGAUUAUUCCAUACGUAGCAUUAAACUUUACUAUUUACGAGCAAUUAAGAGAAUAUUUACCUAAAGAGGAGGAUGUCAACAACUUGAAAUCUUCCUUAAAGCAAAAUACUUAUAUGCUAACUAUUGGCGCGAUAAGUGGAGGGGUAGCGCAGACUCUCACCUAUCCUUUUGAUUUACUCCGGCGAAGAUUUCAGAUACUGACAAUGGGCAAUAAUGAGUUGGGAUUCUACUAUACAGGCAUUUAUGAUGCUCUGAAGACAAUUGCUCGAACAGAAGGCCUUCGAGGCUACUAUAAGGGAUUAGAGGCUAAUUUACUAAAAGUGGUACCUUCUACUGCGGUAAGCUGGCUAGUUUAUGAAAUGACCUGCAAUAGCAUCAAGAGACUGUGA